AUGGAAGCCAAGGAGGUCAGUCAGUGGUCCUUGGUCACACAUAAGAAGCAUAUUAGCUCCCGCAGAUUGGCCUUGGUUUCCCCGGACCUGGUGCCUGAGCCGUCACUGAUAUUGCUGCUGCCAGAAGGUAGGGAUGUGGGGGGGGCGCUGGAGGGCGCGGGGAGUGAGCGCCAGGAGAAGGAGGCGCGGGCGGCAUGCAAGGCGCGCAGGAGGAAGGAGCGCACGGGGCGGGCUUGGGGCGUGGAGAGCAGGGACUGGGGCUGGGCUAGGCAGUGCUGGCUUUUAACCUGGGCUACGGAGGCGGGGGAGGAAGGCAGAGAGAAGGGGAGGCGUGUGGGACCCAGUCGAGUCCAACCUGAACGUGUCCAGACACAGACCUCAGUGCACCACGGAGACAUCAUGCAGAAGUCGCCUUUGGAGAAAGCCAGCUUUAUCUCCAAACUCUUUUUCAGCUGGACCACACCAAUUUUGAAAAAGGGAUACAGACAGCACUUGGAGUUAUCAGAUGUAUACCAAGCCCCUUCUUCUGAUUCAGCUGACCACUUGUCUGAACAGCUAGAAAGAGAAUGGGACAGGGAACAAGCUUCAAAGAAGAAUCCGAAGCUUAUCCAUGCCCUUCGACGAUGCUUCUUCUGGAGAUUCAUCUUCUAUGGGAUCUUGUUAUACCUAGGGGAAGUCACCAAGGCUGUCCAGCCUCUCUUGCUAGGAAGAAUCAUAGCUUCCUAUGAUCCAGAUAACAAGGUGGAGCGCUCCAUUGCCAUUUACCUAGGUAUAGGCUUAUGUCUUCUCUUCAUUGUCAGGACGCUGCUUCUUCAUCCAGCCAUUUUUGGCCUUCAUCGCAUUGGAAUGCAGAUGAGAAUAGCUAUGUUUAGCUUGAUUUAUAAGAAGACUUUAAAGCUGUCAAGCCGUGUUCUUGAUAAAAUAAGUAUUGGACAACUUGUUAGUCUUCUUUCCAACAACCUGAACAAAUUUGAUGAAGGACUUGCCUUGGCACAUUUUGUAUGGAUUGCUCCUUUACAAGUGGCUCUCCUGAUGGGUCUUCUCUGGGAGUUGUUACAAUUCUCUGCCUUCUGUGGCCUUGGUUUACUGAUAAUCCUGGUCUUUUUUCAAGCUAUUUUAGGGAAGAUGAUGGUGAAGUACAGAGAUCAAAAAGCUGCAAAAAUCAAUGAAAGACUUGUGAUCACAUCAGAAGUUAUUGAGAAUAUCCAUUCUGUUAAGGCAUAUUGUUGGGAAUCGGCGAUGGAAAAUAUAAUUGAAAACCUGAGACAGGUGGAACUGAAACUGACCAAGAAGGCUGCCUAUACAAGGUUCUUGACUAGCUCCGCCUUCUUCUUCUCAGGGUUCUUUGUAGUUCUUUUAGCUGUGCUUCCCUAUACAGUCCUCAACGGAAUCAUCCUCCGAAAAAUAUUCACAACCAUUUCAUUCUGCAUUGUCCUGCGUAUGGCAGUCACACGACAGCUCCCCACUGCUGUACAAACAUGGUAUGAUUCUAUUGGAAUGAUAACAAAAGUACAGGAUUUCCUGCAGUAUCAAGAAUAUAAGAUACUAGAGUAUAACUUAAUGACCACAGAUGUGACCAUGGAGAAUGUAUCAGCAUUCUGGGAGGAGGGAUUUGGAGAAUUGUUGGAAAAAGUACAACUAAACAAUGAUGACAGAAAACUUUCAAAUGAUGAUGACAACCCAAGUUUGGGUCAUAUCUGUUUUCUGGAAAAUCCUGUGCUGAAAAACAUCAGUUUUAAGGUAGAGAAAGGAGAGAUGUUGGCUAUUACUGGAUCUACUGGAGCUGGAAAGACAUCACUUCUGAUGAUGAUUUUGGGAGAGCUGGAAGCUUCAGAGGGAAAAAUUAAGCACAGUGGAAGAAUUUCAUUCUGUUCUCAAUUUUCUUGGAUUAUGCCGGGUACUAUCAAAGAAAAUAUCAUCUUUGGUGUUUCCUAUGAUGAGUACAGAUAUAAGAGCAUUGUCAGCGCUUGCCAACUAGAGAAGGACAUCUCCAAGUUUGCAGAAAAAGACAACACCAUUCUUGGAGAAGGUGGAGUCACACUGAGUGGAGGUCAACGUGCAAGGAUUUCCUUAGCAAGAGCAGUAUAUAAAGAUGCUGAUGUGUACCUCUUGGAUUCUCCUUUUGGAUAUCUAGAUGUUUUAACUGAAGAACAAAUAUUUGAAAACUGUGUCUGUAAAUUGAUGGCCAACAAAACCAGGAUUUUGGUCACUUCUAAAAUGGAACAUUUAAAGAAAGCUGACAAAAUACUAAUUUUGCAUGAGGGCAGCAGCUAUUUCUAUGGGACCUUUUCUGAAUUACAAAGUCUACGUCCAGACUUCAGUUCAAAACUCAUGGGGUAUGAUACUUUUGACCAGUUUACUGAGGAAAGAAGAAGUUCAAUUCUAACUGAGACCUUACGCAGGUUCUCAGUAGAUGAUUCCUCUGUCACCUGGAGCAAAACCAAACAGGCAUUUAAACAGACUGGCGAGUAUGGAGAAAAAAGGAAGAGCUCUGUUCUAAGUUCUAUGAAGAAAUUUUCCAUUGGGCAAAAGAUUCCAUUUGUCAUAGAAGAUUCUGAUGAGUUCCAAGACAGGAGACUCUCUGUUGUUCCAGAGUCUGAACAGGGAGAGACAGCCCUGCCUCGAAGCAAUAUGAUCCCCACUGGCCCCGCAUUUUCAGGAGGCAGAAGAAGACAGUCUGUUUUGGACCUCAUGACACACACACCCACCCAAGGCUUCAGCAACAUCCAGAGGACAAGGACUUCCAUUCGAAAAAUCUCCUUAGCUCCUCAGAUAAAUUUAAAGGAUGUGGAUAUAUAUGCAAGACGGUUGUCUGAGGACAAUGCAUUCAACAUCACUGAAGAAGUUAAUGAAGAAGAUUUAAAGGAGUGUUUUUUUGACGAUGAGGUGAAGAUAACCCCGGUGACGACAUGGAACACAUACCUCCGAUAUUUUACUCUCCAUAAAAACUUGCUUAUAGUGCUGAUUUGGUGCUUGGUUGUUUUUCUGGUUGAGGUGGCUGCUUCUUUAUUUGUGUUAUGGUUGCUUAAAAACAACCCUAUGCAUAAUGGGAACAAUGGUACUAAAAGUACAAAUAACACCUAUCUUGUGAUUAUCACCAAUACCAGCUUCUAUUAUAUUUUUUACAUUUACGUGGGAGUGGCUGACACUCUGCUUGCCUUGAGCUUCUUCAGAGGUUUGCCGCUGGUGCACACACUAAUCACAGCAUCAAAAAUUUUACACCAGAAAAUGUUACAUUCUAUUCUUCAUGCACCAAUGUCAACCUUCAACUCGCUGAAAGCAGGUGGGAUUAUUAACAGAUUCUCCAAAGAUGUUGCAAUUUUGGAUGACUUUCUACCUCUUACCAUAUUUGACUUCAUCCAGUUGCUGUUCAUUGUGAUUGGAGCUAUAAUAGUCGUGUCGGUUUUGCAGCCCUACAUCUUCCUGGCAACCGUGCCUGGGUUAGUGGUCUUUAUCUUACUGAGGGCAUAUUUCCUUCAUACCUCCCAACAACUCAAACAACUGGAAUCUGAAGGCAGGAGUCCAAUUUUCACCCACCUUGUUACAAGUGUAAAAGGACUGUGGACACUUCGUGCCUUUGGACGCCAACCCUACUUUGAAACUCUGUUCCACAAAGCUCUGAAUUUACACACUGCCAACUGGUUUAUGUAUCUGUCAACCUUACGCUGGUUCCAAAUGAGAAUAGACAUGAUUUUUGUCCUCUUCUUCAUUGUUGUUACCUUCAUUUCCAUUUUGACAACAGGUGAAGGAGAAGGAUCAACUGGCAUUAUUCUAACUUUAGCUAUGAAUAUCAUGAGUACUUUGCAAUGGGCUGUAAACACAAGCAUUGAUGUGGAUAGCUUGAUGCGAUCUGUAAGCAGAGUCUUUAAGUUUAUUGAUUUACCACAAGAAGAAAGUGAGUGUUCCAAGAUAAUGAAAGGACUGCAUCCCGAAGAACCGUCUCAAGUUUUAGUUAUUGAGAAUGAACAUGUGAAGAAAACUGAUACCUGGCCCUCUAGGGGUGAAAUGGUUGUCAAAGACCUCACUGUGACAUAUGAGAAUGACACGAAUGCCAUGUUAGAGAACAUUUCUUUUUCAAUAAGUCCUGGCCAGAGGGUGGGCCUCUUAGGAAGAACUGGCUCAGGGAAAAGUACUUUGCUAUCAGCAUUUCUACGCUUGUUGAACAUUCAAGGUGAUAUACAGAUCGAUGGCGUCUCGUGGAACUCAGUGACCUUAAAAGAAUGGAGGAAAGCUUUUGGAGUAAUAACACAGAAAGUAUUUAUCUUUUCUGGAACAUUCAGACAAAACCUGGAUCCCCAUGGAAAAUGGAGAGAUGAAGAAAUAUGGAAAGUUGCAGAUGAGGUUGGACUCAAAUCCGUGAUAGAGCAGUUUCCUGGGCAGCUCAACUUUACCCUCGUGGAUGGAGGUUAUGUACUAAGCCAUGGCCACAAGCAGCUAAUGGGCUUGGCUCGCUCUGUUCUCAGUAAGGCCAGGAUUUUACUGCUUGAUGAGCCCAGUGCCCAUCUGGAUCCCAUAACCUACCAAAUAAUUCGAAAGGUUCUAAAACACACCUUCAGUGGUUGCACAGUAAUCCUCUGUGAACACAGGAUAGAAGCAAUAUUGGAUUGUCAGCGAUUUUUGGUCAUUGAAGAGGGCACCGUGUGGCAGUACAACUCCCUGCAGGCGCUGCUGAGUGAGAAGAGUGUCUUCCAGCAGGCCAUCAGUCCCUCGGAAAAGAUGAAGCUCUUCCAGGGCCGCCACUCCACCAAGCAGAAGCCUCGAUCACAGAUCACUGCUCUCAAAGAGGAGACAGAAGAAGAAGUGCAGGAAACCCGUCUCUAG